UUGAAUACGACCCUUAAACACGUCAAUGAUGUUUUUAUCAGUUAUCAAUUGGUUACAAUGUCUGUAGAUUAUUCGAAACAGAAACGCCUUUAUUUGCCUGGACUUGUCGAUACAAAAUUGCAAAAAAAGAUAUUAAAAAAAUGACUAAUAAGUAAUUGAGUUACGAAAGAAAAACUAGACGCAAAUUUUCUACCUUCAAUUGUAAGUGUGGGUACUGGGUAGUGCUUUGGAUGUGUUUAACAUGCUAUCGGAUACUUUAAUCGAUUGCGGAAGGCUGAAAUAGGUAUAGUUUGGAGAACUGAAAACAGAUUUAAGUUUUGAAAAAUAAAGUCACCUGACUACAUUGACACAUGCUUUGGACAACACAAAUUGUGGACUAUGAAUUAUGAUUCAAUUAGUUAUCGAGCUUUCUACUUCAUGCUUUUACUUCAUGUUUUACGUGGUGUUUAAUGAUGUGUUAUCUUCAACUUCGGGUUAUCAUUGACUUGAGAGUCAGUAACCAGCUUGAUAUUAGUUGCAUAGCCUUCGAGAAGGAGACGUGCUCGUUUUUCGGGAUUUUGUUGAAGCUGUGAUGGGGAGCGCCAUGUUCCGCCGCCGACGCCUGCGAGGAGCUGCCGAGUGGGUGGUGGGGACCGUCUGUCUACUUACAGCAUUCACCUCCGCCGUUCUUUUCCUGAACAUUGCCGGGCAUUCUCCUGUCCGAAACAGCCAUUCUCAUGUUGACACCGGGCGAAAUUUAUUGUCAGCGCGAUUCAGACCCGUUUCUGAACUCCUCGAAGAAAUCACACAGUCGAAACCUUCUCCUGCAAAACUUCAAGAGUUUGAUAAGCAUGAGUUUGCAUACCAAAUAUACAAUGUAGGCAACAAAACAGUUUGUACGCCAGACACGGAUAUGCUAGUGUAUAUACAUAGUGCUACUGGUAAUUUCAUGAAGAGACGGCUGCUCAGAAGAACAUGGGCGUCAUCUACAAAAGUGAGGGGUUUAAAUGUGAGAACCGUCUUCAUUCUUGGACGGCCUGAAAACGUUUUAGAUCAAAUACAAAUCAAUAAUGAGCAGUUUCUGUUCGGAGAUAUUAUACAGGGAAAUUUUACAGAUGGUUAUCGGAAUUUAACAAAUAAAGCACUUAUCGCAAUGGGAUGGGUUGACAAAUAUUGCGCAAAUGUGAAACAUGUUUUAAAAGCAGACGAUGAUAUAUUUGUGAACAUUUUAGCGAUUGCAGAAAAACUUGUGCCAACGAUGAACCCAAACAAUAUAUCAAUAGCCUGCCACCUGAUAGAAGCAGGAAAAAGUCCUAUAGAAAGGGCCAAAAGUAGCCGAUGGUAUGUGGAGCCCCAAUUUUUCCCCAACAUGACUCAUUUCCCGAGAUUUUGUUCCGGGUACAUGGUUGUGAUGACGGCAAAGGCUGUCAAAAAACUGCACGCAAAUACAAAAUCGUACCCUGUUAUUAAAGUGGACGACGCGUAUAUGUUUGGUAUGCUGACACAGGACUUGAAAAUAGAUUUCAGAAGUAUAACGUCUAAUCUGACUCUGUUUGAUAACGAUGGUGUUAAGUCGUAUGAACAGGGUGAAAGAAAGUUUCUGGGUGUCGCCACAGGAAAAACAGAGGUGAUGGAGAAAUUGUGGUCAAUGGUCCUGAAGGAUGAAAUUGAGAGGCACAGAGUGAUGUGAAUGCCAUGGUUCCUAUUCGUUAUUUUCGUAAAAGAGCGUGGAAAAUUGUUCAUGACGUCAUAAGGUGUGACGUCAGUUUUUCUACGGCUGCUUUCGUUAUCGUUGUCAUGUUCUUUCUCGUGAACAGCACGGUGAAUAUGUACAAAUCGCCAACUGUGAUGACAAAUUUAGAUAAUAUGAAAAUAGACAUCGGCGAGCUCCAAAAAGAUACUUCUAAUACAAUUCUUAUUGAACAAAACGACGGCGAAAUUUAUGUAGCGUUUCGCCUAAGAGACACGGCGAAGAUUGUAAAAGACGUUCGGGGUGGAAAGAUCCUGCUGAGAAGAA